UGAGGGAGUCGAAAGCCGACAGAGCCAGGAGUGGGAGGGGAAGACGAGACGCCAGGAACGCCCCCGGAGUGAUGAGGGGAGGAGAGCGCGGGGGCCACCCGGAGAAGCGAGAAAGAGAGAGGGACUCGGCCCUCUACCCCAGUCCCCUCCAAGCCAACCGGGGAAAAACGGACGACCCGCCAAGCCGGCGCAGCUGCGGGACACGGCCCCCCCCGCGCCGCUCCAACCAGACCGCGACCGCCAAGCCUAAGCCCCUCCUUCCGAGGAACUCCGGAGCCGCCCCUGGAAGUGGCGGGGCGGAGGCACCCGAGAAGCGACGCUCGGCGGCGAAGGAGCCGGACGGCGCGGGCCGGGAGGCCGGCAUGGAAGGCGCGGCGGGUGACCCGUACCGGCGACCCGCGCGGCGCACCCAGUGGCUGUUGAGCGCCCUGGCGCACCACUACGGGCUGGACCGCGGCGUGGAGAACGAGAUCGUGGUGCUGGCCACCGGCCUGGACCAGUACCUGCAGGAGGUCUUCCACCACCUGGACUGCCGCGGCGCCGGCCGCCUGCCCCGCGCCGACUUCCGCGCGCUCUGCGCCGUGCUGGGGCUGCGCGCCGAGGGGGCCGCCGCCGGGGAGGCCUCCGGGGAUGCGGCCGCCCGAGACGCGAACCCGGGGGAUGCGGCCGCCGGGGACGCGGCCGCCGGGGUGGCCACCGACGGGGACGCAGAUGCCGAAGAGGAGGCGCGCCUGGCGCUGCGCGCGGAGCCGCCCGAGCUCACCUUCCGCCAGUUCCACGCGCGCCUCUGCGGCUACUUCGGCACGCGCGCGGGGCCCCGGCUGCCCCGCGGCGCUCUCAGCGAGCACAUCGAGACGCAGAUCCGCCUGCGCCGCCCGCGCCGCCGCCGCCGCCGCACCCCCCACACGCCGGGCCCGGACGGCGGCCCCGACUGCCCCGACGGCGGCCGGGACGGCGAGCGCCUGGCGCGGUUGGAGGAGGAGAACGGCAGCCUGCGCGAGUUGGUGGAGGACCUGCGGGCCGCGCUGCAGAGCAGCGACGCGCGCUGCCUAGCGCUGCAGGUCGGCCUCUGGAAGAGCCAGGCGGGCGCGCAGGAGGCGGGGCGCGUUGGGCCCGAGGUGGCGGCGCGGGAGCUGCGGAAGGCGCGGGGCGCCCUGGCGGUGGCCGAGGCCCGCGCGGGGCGCCUGCGCCAGGGCCAGGUCGAGGUUCGGCGACGCGCCGAGGAGGCCCGGGAGGCGGUGCUGCGCAGCCUGGGCCGCGUGCGCGAGCUCGAAGCGCUGGCGAGACAGGUGCCCGGCCUGCAGCGCUGGGUGCGGCGGCUGGAGGGCGAGCUGCGGCGCUACAGGUCAGAGGGCACCCAGCUCCCAAUCUCCUCACAAGGCAGCCCAGAGCCAGAAGCCAAGAGUGGUGAACCUGAGGAAAGUGGGACCAGAAGCCCAGACACCUCUCCAGAGGGAGCCUGGCAGUCAGACAGCAGCUCCGGGAACAGACCCCUGGACGAAGCAGCGGACGGGCAGCUGUUCCGCUCAGUGGAGGGCCAGGCCGCCUCUGACGAAGAAGAGGAGGCCGAGAAGUGGCAGGAAGAGCAGAGGUCACUGGCCAAGGUCAAGACGCUGCUGGCUCGCCUCUCCAGCUGCAGGAGUGGGUGUGAUGAACAGACAGCCAAGAAGCUUGUGACUUACUUCGGCCACUUUGGCAGUGCUGACCAUGCCUGUACCCUGGGGGAGCUGGAGGCUCGCAUCGCCGUGCUGGUGGAGCAGCUGGGGACCCAGGGCUGCAGUGAGAAGACCCUGGGGACACCUGGGGAGGAGGCAGAGCUGCAGCGGAAGGUGGAAGAGAACGAGCAGCUGAGGCUGGAGCUGCAGAUGGUGGAGACAGAGAGGGUGCGGCUGUCCCUGCUGGAGGAGAAGCUGGUAGACGUGGUGCAGCUCCUGCAAAGGCUCCGGGACCUGAACAUAUCGAAAAGAGCCCUGGGGAAGAUUUUGCUGAACACGCUGGAUGCUUGCAAGGACCCCACACAUGAGGGGAGAUCUGGACCCUCAGCCAUCCUGGACGCCCUGCACACGGCUUUGGCUGGCUGUGAGCUCUUGCGGAGAGAGCCCUCGGCACCAGCCUCCACGGCUCCUGCACUCGCCAACCCCCUCCUCAUCUCCUGCUGAGGCCACUGGCCCAACUGUGGGCACCUGGGUCACCCCGACCUCCAUCAGACCAGCCUCCACGUCAGCCUGACCAGCAUCACAUCUUCAGAACCCUGGAGACCCAGACUCCUUGUGGGACUGGACCUAACCCCAGAGCCUCCCAUGACAGAGCCUGACAGACAUCCUUUCCUUUCGUUCCUCACAGAUUCCCUUGCGUUCCUGCUGCCAGAGUUCAUGUUCAAACCCUGGGGCUGCUGGAUCAGCCCAUACCUGCUGCUGCUUCCCCUGCCCUCAGUGCAGAGUUGCCUACAUUCAUGCACAACCCGGCCCAGAAUCCCCUCCCUGGGCUCCUGGAGUCUUUUCCCCUUCCAGCACUGCCCCCUUCCUGUCACCCAUGUGCCUGAUGCAGGCACACUGUGCCCAACCUCCAGGCCACACAGGCUGGGGAAACAUAAGGAGGGGGUGAUCACUGCAGGCUUCCAGGUAGAGGCUGCCCUUGAACUAACUCUAGAAGAGAGGCAGGAUUUCGAUGGACAGAGAGGGGAGAGAAGGACAUUAAAUGCUAAUGUGAGGAAACAGCAAGAGCCAAGAGUGGGGCCAGAAAGGGCCCCCCCUUAGUACAGUACCUGGAACACCUCUUUCACAAGCAUGCAGUGGGUACUGGGUUUCAUGCGGUCACAGGAGAGAGUAAGACAAGCUGCCCGUUCUCACCUACCUUAACAUCUCAUAGGAGAGAAAGAUACGUUGGCAAAUAGCGCAACAUGCAUGAAAUCAGCGCUAAAUCAAGGUAAAAUAGUUACUCAGGAGUCCAGCCUAGAGGGGUUCAUCCGAGCCAAGGAGGGCAGAUGCAGGGGUGAGGGCAGGUGCCUGGGGGGACAGUGGCAAGGUCGGGGGUGGGGGAACCCAAUAGCAGAGGAGGAUCCAGGACUUGCUUCCACAGGCGAUCAGGAGCCACUGGAGGAUUCUGAGCUGCCCCAUGGAGCAUGGAUGGAGAGGAGGGAAGAAGAGGCAGCUGCAGGUCCGUGGGAGGAAGGCGGCACCAGCAGCUUGGGGCCAAAGCUACAGGGACACAGAAGGGGAUCAUGGGAGAAGGAGGACCAAGGGGUACCCAGGGGGAGCCUGGGAGCAGCGGACACUCCGGGGCAGGGCAGCAGGGACUGGGGACAAACAAUGACCGACCUCCUCUCUGACCUCAGACACUCAGCACCUUGGAUGGGGCCAGAAGGCAUCAGGGAGCCACUGCAGGCUCCUAGGCAGGGUGACACAGGCCCCAACCCAGUUUCUCUAUGGUUCCUCUGGGAAUGGAAGGAAAGAGACCAAGGCCAGUGGCCAUUCCAGGGGGCCACCUCACCCCUGGUCCUGUCAGAUGAGCCAGGCUUUUUUGAGAAGGCCCCUAGGACUCUUCAGGGGCCAGUGGGCAGGGAAGAGCCUUGAGGAGGCUGGUCUGAGCCCUGAGGAGGGGGCUGCCCCCAACUUGCUCCUCUCAGCUCAGCCUGAGCCCACCAGGCCCGCCUCCCCCGGCUGUGCUGCUGACUGCAUGACCCAGGUGAGCUUCACCUGUGCCCCGCCCAGUGAGAAGGGCCAGCUGUUCCGUAUCCUGACCAUGGCAGCAAGCACAGGACGCUACACGUGUGUUAAGAUUCACAGACCUGGAAGCUGUCCUCAAAAAAGUCAACUUGACCGUUAUGUUACUAAAACCCAAGAGCCACCGGAAGACACAUUCCUACAGUGCCUCCAGGUCUAGCCACCUGAAAUCUGCAGACAGAGGCACAGAGGGCUCUCAUAGGUUACAGUCACAGUAAGCUUCAUCCUCAGGAUGUCCCUCAUUAAAAUCUGCUCUUACCAA